GUUCAAUCACGUCCUCAGUCAGGAGUUAAGUAGUGGGACAGCGGAGAGAGAGAAACAUUCAUAUCAAACACUUGAUACGUUAAAAUGAGCGGAAGAGGAAAGGGAGGUAAAGGACUCGGUAAAGGAGGCGCUAAGCGGCACCGUAAAGUCCUCCGUGAUAACAUCCAGGGAAUCACCAAGCCCGCUAUCCGCCGUCUGGCUCGCCGCGGUGGAGUGAAGCGUAUCUCCGGUCUGAUCUACGAGGAGACCCGCGGUGUGUUGAAGGUCUUCCUGGAGAAUGUGAUCCGUGAUGCCGUCACCUACACCGAGCACGCCAAGAGAAAGACCGUGACCGCCAUGGAUGUGGUUUAUGCUCUGAAGAGGCAGGGACGCACUCUGUACGGCUUCGGAGGUUAAACCUGUUAUUGAUCCACUGAACCAAAGGUCCUUUUAAGGGCCGCACACACUCUCUCAAAGAGACACAGUCCUGAUUUAUAGUGAGAAAACUUUUAUUUUUAUAUAUGUAUAUGUUAAUAUUGGUGUAUUACAAAGUGGUUGUUACUUAGGGGGUCUACAAUUAUACAGUUUAGCCUCGUAGAGACCAGACAACAAAUUAUUCUAAAUACAGAAUUUAAUUAAUCCCAUCUGUAUAUAUCGGGGUUAGAGCAGCAGAAUGAUAUACAAAAGCAUUGACAGGGGAAAACGCAUUAUGGGCUAAAUAUAUUGUAAAUUAUAUAAAUGUAAUGCACUAAAAAGUAAUUAUCAUUUUUAACUUUUAAUUAGUAUGGUACAGUACAGCCCAAAGUUAUUGUAUACAUAUUCAAUAAAAAAUGUGGUUAUCACAAUGACAUUUACUUUUUUUAAUGUAUAGUUCAAUAAUUUUAAGUAAUAUGUAUAUAUUUUUAAAAUACUUUAAUUUUUUGUUUUUAUCUCAUAGUUCCUGUAGUACUUUGAAAGUACCCCUAGGGGUACACAUAUCCCCAUUUGAGGGGAAUAAAUAGGCAAUAGUGCAUGUAGUGGCUGCUACAGCCCAAGGCUUCAGUAAGAUAUAUUAACAUCAUUUUUUUUUUUUUUUUAAAAACACAAAAUAAAACUGAUUCAACCAACACUACAACCAGAACUGGUACGGGCAUGAAACCAAAAUAAGUUACCUUAAACCACCACUGCCAAAAAAGUAGAGGAAACACUGUUAAAAGAAAACAACUAUCCAAUCUGGACUCACUAUUUUUGGCGUUUUCAGUAACUUUCAGGAAAUUCAGUUUCACAAAGGUCUACGUGUUUUUAUUACUUUAUUCAAAUGUACCUUUAAACCGUCCAGACUGACCCCAGAACCACAAUAAAUCAGACUGAAACAGGAAAUGUUUUCCACAUUUCAUCUCUUUAAAUGUCACUGAAUAAAAUUAAAGAACUAUACAUGCAUAAAGAGAAGUACAGAAAGUGAUGCUGAUAUAUACAAAGUAACAUGAUCAUGUUGAUGGACUCUAUCUAUGAAAUAAUGUGUAAAAGAUG